AUGUCUUCAUCAAAACAGCAACUGAAAAUAUUAUUCGUACCUUUGGAUACAUUGGGACAUAUAAAUGCUUCUAUUGGAAUUGCCGAAGAAUUGAAACAACGUGGACAUCGAAUUGUUUUUGGAAUAGCAACAGGUUGGAAAGGAAAAAUAUCACCUUAUGGUUUUGAAGAGUUUUUGUAUGGUGAAGAUACAAAACCAGCUCAAAUCUAUGUAGAUUUUAUUAAAGCUUGUGCAAAUGAAUUACGAAAAAAUUCUUAUGAUCAAUUAGCCACUUUUGAACAUUGUGUUCAACGUAAUUUGAUAAAUAGUGUUCAAUAUAAUGAUCCAUUUUUGCGUGAUAUAAUUAAACAAAUUCAACCUGAUAUAAUUAUCUUUGAUCAUUAUUUUUGUCAACCAGCAAUAGUCAAAGCAGGAAUUCCAUGGGUUUGGUUAAUGUCAAGUAAUCCAUUAGGUCUUAAUGAAGAAAAUUGUCCACCACGUGGCUCAGGUUAUCCAGCUAAUGGUGAUCGACAACAAUGGGAAGAAUUUCGAAAAGAAUUCAAAAGAAUUUCUCAACCAAAUUGGGAAGAACUUAAUCAAUGGGUAAUUGAACAAGAUGCACCGCCAUUGACUAAACAAAUGUGGCCACUUUUUCAAAAUGUUUCUCCUUAUCUUAAUCUUUAUUUGUGUUCAAAAGAACUUGAUUACACAGAUCUACGAUCAUAUCCACCAAAAUGGAUUCGUUGUGAUGCUUUAGUACGAACAUCGGACAUCUGUGAAUUUCAAAUACCGGAAAAAUUAGUCAAUCAAUCAGGAAAACUAAUUUAUUUAUCAAUGGGUUCAUUUGGAUCGGCAGAUUUAUCGUUAAUGACACGAUUAGUUAAUAUUUUAGCAAAGUCACCUCAUCGAUUUCUGAUUUCUAAAGGUCCAUUAGGUGAUGAAUAUUCUUUACCUGAUAAUAUGUGGGGAGAAAACAUCGUUCCACAAGUGAAAAUUUUACCAUUAGUCGAUUUAGUCAUAACACAUGGAGGAAAUAAUACAAUUACGGAAAUUUUCUAUUUCGGUAAACCAUUAAUUGUUUUACCACUUUUUGGUGAUCAAUUCGAUAAUGCACAACGAAUAGAAGAGAAAGGUUUUGGAAUUCGAUUGAGCACUUAUUCGUGUACAGAAGAAGAAUUAUUGAAUGCUAUUGAAACAUUAUUAGCUGAUAAACAAUUAGAAGAAAAAUUGAAAAUCAUAUCGAAAGAGACAAGAGAAAGUGACAAUCGAACACAAAUUGCACAAUUAAUUGAAGAUCUUAUAUGA